GGCGAGAGCCACAAGCAAAGGAAACUUCUGAUGAAUAGUUUCGUUGCGAGAGCAAACGAUUUCUAGUGCGAAUAUUUCUUUUCGAGUCCAAGAGUAUUUUAAAAGUGAUAGAACAAAGGAGGACAUUUAUACAAAAAAAAGUGAAAUUUAGUUCAGUGAAAAGGAAGCGUUGAGAAAAAUCUGAAUUUAUUUUGGAAAAUUUUGCAGUAAAUUCCAUACAACAUGCAAAUUUUCGUGAAAACCCUAACCGGUAAGACCAUUACCUUGGAGGUUGAGCCAUCUGACACCAUUGAAAAUGUUAAGGCCAAGAUUCAGGAUAAGGAAGGAAUUCCUCCAGAUCAGCAACGACUUAUCUUUGCCGGCAAGCAGCUAGAAGAUGGUCGUACCUUGUCUGACUACAACAUCCAAAAAGAAUCUACUCUCCACUUGGUACUUCGUCUACGUGGUGGCAUGCAAAUCUUCGUUAAGACUUUAACCGGAAAAACCAUUACUUUGGAAGUCGAACCUUCCGAUACUAUCGAAAACGUUAAGGCUAAAAUUCAAGACAAGGAAGGAAUUCCCCCAGAUCAACAACGUCUCAUUUUCGCUGGCAAACAAUUGGAAGAUGGACGUACACUUUCCGAUUAUAAUAUCCAGAAGGAAUCAACUCUUCAUCUUGUACUACGUCUACGUGGUGGUAUGCAGAUCUUCGUUAAAACUUUGACUGGCAAAACCAUUACAUUGGAAGUUGAACCCUCUGACACCAUCGAGAAUGUUAAGGCCAAAAUUCAAGAUAAGGAAGGAAUUCCCCCAGAUCAGCAGCGGUUGAUUUUCGCCGGAAAGCAGUUGGAAGAUGGACGCACUUUGUCCGACUACAACAUCCAAAAAGAGUCUACUCUCCACUUGGUGUUGCGUCUCCGUGGUGGUAUGCAGAUCUUCGUUAAGACCUUGACAGGAAAAACCAUCACCUUGGAGGUUGAGCCGUCUGAUACCAUUGAGAAUGUUAAGGCCAAGAUCCAGGACAAAGAGGGAAUUCCUCCAGAUCAGCAACGUCUUAUCUUUGCCGGCAAGCAGCUAGAAGAUGGUCGCACGUUGUCCGAUUACAACAUUCAGAAGGAAUCUACUCUCCACUUGGUCCUACGUCUCCGUGGUGGUAUGCAGAUCUUCGUUAAGACCUUGACAGGAAAAACCAUCACCUUGGAGGUUGAACCUUCUGAUACUAUCGAGAAUGUCAAAGCUAAAAUCCAGGAUAAGGAAGGUAUCCCACCAGACCAGCAACGUCUUAUUUUCGCUGGCAAGCAAUUGGAAGAUGGACGCACUCUUUCCGAUUAUAACAUUCAAAAGGAAUCGACCCUUCAUCUCGUUCUUCGUCUCCGUGGAGGUAUGCAGAUUUUCGUUAAAACUUUGACCGGUAAAACCAUUACAUUGGAGGUUGAACCCUCUGACACCAUUGAAAACGUCAAGGCUAAAAUUCAAGAUAAGGAAGGAAUUCCUCCAGAUCAGCAACGAUUGAUCUUCGCCGGCAAGCAGCUGGAAGAUGGUCGUACCUUGUCUGACUACAACAUCCAAAAGGAAUCAACUCUUCACUUGGUCCUACGUCUACGAGGUGGUAUGCAAAUUUUCGUUAAGACUCUGACCGGAAAGACCAUUACAUUGGAAGUGGAGCCCUCCGAUACUAUUGAAAACGUCAAGGCUAAAAUCCAAGACAAGGAAGGAAUCCCCCCAGAUCAGCAACGUCUCAUUUUCGCCGGAAAACAGUUGGAAGAUGGUCGUACCUUAUCCGAUUACAACAUUCAGAAAGAAUCAACUUUGCAUUUGGUGCUCCGUCUCCGUGGUGGAAUGCAGAUUUUCGUCAAAACUUUAACCGGAAAGACUAUCACUUUGGAAGUCGAGCCAUCCGAUACUAUCGAAAAUGUUAAAGCUAAAAUUCAGGACAAGGAAGGCAUCCCACCAGAUCAGCAACGUCUUAUUUUCGCCGGUAAGCAAUUGGAAGAUGGGCGCACUUUGUCCGACUACAACAUUCAGAAGGAGUCUACUCUACAUUUGGUGUUGCGUCUCCGUGGUGGCAUGCAGAUCUUCGUUAAGACCUUAACUGGAAAAACUAUUACAUUGGAAGUCGAGCCAUCCGAUACUAUCGAGAAUGUUAAAGCUAAGAUUCAAGACAAGGAGGGAAUUCCUCCAGAUCAGCAACGUCUCAUUUUCGCUGGCAAACAAUUGGAAGAUGGACGCACUCUUUCCGAUUAUAACAUCCAAAAGGAAUCAACCCUUCACUUGGUACUUCGCCUCCGUGGUGGUAUGCAAAUCUUCGUGAAAACUCUUACAGGAAAGACAAUUACUUUGGAAGUCGAGCCAUCUGAUACUAUUGAGAACGUCAAGGCUAAAAUCCAAGACAAGGAAGGAAUUCCCCCAGAUCAGCAGCGUCUCAUUUUUGCCGGAAAACAACUAGAAGAUGGGCGCACUUUGUCCGACUACAACAUUCAGAAGGAGUCUACUCUACAUUUGGUGUUGCGUCUCCGUGGAGGAAUGCAAAUCUUCGUUAAGACUUUGACUGGAAAGACCAUCACCUUGGAGGUUGAGCCAUCCGACACCAUUGAAAAUGUCAAGGCUAAAAUUCAAGACAAGGAGGGAAUCCCUCCAGAUCAGCAACGUCUCAUUUUCGCUGGUAAACAGUUGGAAGAUGGUCGCACCUUGUCCGACUACAACAUUCAAAAGGAAUCUACUCUGCACUUGGUGCUACGGCUCCGUGGUGGUAUGCAGAUUUUCGUCAAGACAUUGACUGGAAAGACUAUUACGUUGGAAGUAGAACCUUCCGAUACCAUUGAAAAUGUUAAGGCUAAGAUCCAAGAUAAGGAAGGCAUCCCACCAGAUCAGCAACGUUUGAUUUUCGCCGGGAAACAAUUGGAAGAUGGUCGCACCUUGUCCGAUUAUAAUAUUCAGAAGGAGUCUACAUUGCAUUUAGUAUUACGUUUACGAGGAGGAAAUUAAGAUUUUGAAAAUGUGAUUUGUUCCAAUUUCGAAUAAUUAAUACAUUUUGAGAGCUAGAAA